UUUUACACAAGUUUCUGACCAAACUUGAACUUCUGUUCUCUGUGUUUCAGUGUUCAAUAGUAUUUUUUCCAAUGUUUCACUGUAAGCUAAACUCAAAUUAGGGUCAUUCUCAUUUGCAGUGUGCACUUUUUGCGAUUUAUGAGUUGAUCUCAUUUUUCGUGUAUUUUGUUAUGCGUUUGUGUGCCAUUUUUUUCCUGGUGAAAACUGUCGUGUUUUUUGUUAAAAACUUGCGUCUAAAUUCUUGUUCGAAAUAAGAUACGUUACCAUCUGGUCCAUUUGCGUCAUGGAUAUGCAGGACCUGCCCAAGUGCUGCAUCCGGUCAGCCCAGAUCCGGCGGUCGGGGAAUCUGCUUUAUGCGAAGCGUCAAUAUAGGGACGCCAUGGAAAAGUACAACCAAAGUAUCUGCUCAGCACCCAACGAUUCGGCAGAUUUAGACAUCGGAUUCGCUAAUCGAUCGGCUGUCUACUAUGAACAAUGUGACUACAAAAUGGCUUUGGCUAACAUUGCUUUGGUCAGAAAGCACAUUUAUCCGGAACAGUUAAUGCCAAAAUUGGUGAUACGUGAAACUAAUUGUCGGGCAAAACUCGAGGAAAUCGAUCGGAAUGGCAGUGCUUCUAAACAUCAGUCUCUAACGUUCAAUCUUGAAGCGAAUCCCACCAUUCCUUUUCUCGCUAAGGGAAUCAGCGCGCGAAAACAUCCCGUCUUCGGUACCAGCAUGGUAGCCGAGCGAGACUUUAAAGCUGGAAAUGUGAUUCUUCAGGAGAAGCCGAUGCAAGUCAGUGUUUGCCACCGAAACCUAUUCACCAACUGCAAUCAUUGUUUCUCGGAGAAUCUACUCCAUUUGAUUCCCUGUCCGAAUUGUACUUCGGCCAUGUUCUGCGACGCAGAUUGCAUGCGGCAUGGUUUAAAAAUACACCGUUUCGAGUGUGGCGUCACGGCGAAUUUGAGCGAGCAAAAUGACUAUUGGAUAGGCCCAAGAUUGUUCUUCCGCGGAUUGACACUGUUUGACGACGACAUCCAGAAGAUGAUGGCAUUUUGCAAAGCCUGCAAGCAAACCGAACGCAGGUUCACUGAUUUAGAUUACAUGAACUACAACCCACUGGAGGAAUUCAAGAUGUUCCUUACGUGUAGCCUUCGAUUGCGUACAAAACCAGUCAUUAAUAAUAUUCUACACUUGAAUGCUAUGAUCUGCUUUAUGGUGUACAUGCAGGUUCCAUUGGUUAAAUCACUGAUAUGCGAUGAAACAGUAAAAUAUUUCACUCUGAAAUGCUUCCUUGAAUUAAUGAUCCAAGAUAAAGGUUUGUCGAUCCAGCAGGAGCAUAACUGCCGUCUGUAUCCUGUUGCGUCGGGUUUUAGUCACUCGUGUGAUCCAAAUACGCUGCUUUUGGACUACGGUGGCCAAUUAAAAUUAAUCGUGCUGCGUCCCAUUCGUCGUGGUGCACAGGUCCUCAUAUCGCACGGGCCUUUGUGUAGCCAAGAACCGGAAGAACGACAAAUCCGGUUGGAUGCGCUACAGUUUCAUUGUCGGUGCAAUUUUUGCGACGAGGAAAAGCACCGAAAGUGGUUAGCUAAACUCAACAGACGUUGCCGCAUCGUUCCGGCUCAUUUGGAGAUCGUGCAGAGAUUGUUGACGGGAGCAGAAUUCUGCAACGCAGAUAAACUAAACGCACUGCAGCAGUUUGUUCAGCGAUACUCAUGGACCCAUCCACAUAAUCACUUCGAUAUAUACUUGGAAGCUUACAGAGUGGUGCUUAAUGUUUGCUAUCAAAACGAAAUGACGGCCGCCAUGCGACAGAAAAUUGCACGUUGAAGGAGGUUGCCUCGAUCGGGACGGGUUUUUUUUUAUAUCUGCUUUGAUCCGAAAGUUAAAAGCAGUCAAAAUAAUGUUUUUUUUUAAUUAUAUUUCUGCUUUGAUCUGAAUGAUCAAUGCAUUUUGUGUAUCCUGCGUUUCCUGUUGCAAAAGGGUUAAAGUUGCCUGAUACUGUUCAAUUUAGUACAUAUCUAAGAAAUAAAUAACUCGAUGUUUGACAAACUAAAAACUAAUACAAGUUGCGUCUCUAAUAUAUUUAGUAAGAGCGUGGUUUCCCACCUAUGCCACUCCCUUAUCUCCCGCUUCCAACAGCCAUCGUUGUGAACAACAUUCCAAUACCCAACAAGAAGACCAUCCAGGUUCUUGGUGUACGCUUGGACCGGGAGCUGAGGUUCGAAGCACAUUUCAAUGAGAUCAAAGCCAACUUUCUCCUCAGGGAGGGCAACAGAGCUCUCGGAAACUUGGUCCAUAAGGGGCUUCCACCCGUGUCCAGGGUACACUGGAACGGAGUCAGAGGAUGGACAGAACCAACCAUACGCGUUGACCUUUCAACUGACAGGCGCUUCAAGGCAGGUAACGCCCGUCCAUGCAGGCCCACGUAGCGGAGCUGCUGAGAACUAAAUACGCAAAUUUUCAACACCGUUACACGGACGGCUCUAAGGCCAUGAGGAAGGUCGGAUUCGGAGUAGCGGAUGUAUCCAAUAGUUACUUAUUUCGACUACCCGAUCAGUGCUCCGUCUUCUCGGCGGAGGCGGAGGCCAUCCACUUCGCCACCACAUCACCCGCCAAUAAACCCAUCCUAACAGACUCCGCCAGCGUUUUAUACGCCUUGAAUUCAGCAACAUCCAAACACCCCUGGAUACAAGGGAUCCAAAAGGCCGCGCCGCCGAACACCUCAUUUGUUUGGGUACCCGGUCAGUGCGGUAUCCGGGGCAACCCCCCCAGAAUUAGAGCUGACCCUCCUCAGAGAAUUUCAGAAAUAAAUACCAGAGCAAUAUAUUUUUGCAUUACAUGGAGCAGUUGCGAAAUUUUCCAGAUCACGUAAAAACAAACUCUGCUGCGACUUUGAAUUUCUUAAUAAAAUACCUAUUCACGGCUGAUGAUUGGUCUUAAUCUUUUAUUAUUAUUUUUGCUACACACAAACGUCUCAUAUGAGGUUGAAUCCCUUCAUUCGUUUUGAAGACAUGUCUUAAUUUUGAAAACAUUUGGAAUUCUGUGAAGAAGUGUUUCUGAGGCUUAGAAUAAUACUGAAUGAAGCUUUUCAUUUUUCAAGACUUCGAAAAACAUCCAGGAACUUGAUUGAAAUCAUAUUGAACAUCCAUGGAUAUCAACUAAGUUCUAUAAAACUUUACGCAGGUUCCAGUACGUUUACAAAGUUUCUUUAGCUAUUAAACUCAAUGAACUCAAAUAAAGCACCCUGAACUUUUUCCCAAUCUAGAUUUAACUGUUCCCCGAGCCUCUAUGAAGUUCCCGAAAUGUGUGGGAAAUUCUGCGAAUUGCUGGUAAGUUGCGUCCACGAGGUUUUCUGAAUUUUGUGAGUGUUCGCGUCUCAGUGUCGAGUAAUUUUUAGAAUAUCGUGUAGAGUACUCGUUAAUAUGUUGAAAAAUCAUGGCAGGUAGUUUUUGCACAGACAAACAGACAUAACUCAUUGAAUAUUUCUCACUGUAAAACAUCGUCGCGUCCAGAACUCUUGGCUUUGUCUUCAAGAUUACUAAGAACUUCACAGACAUUUACUGCUUGAAAUCAGAGAGCAAUCUCGUACGAUCCACGUUGGAAUACUGCUCUACAGUCUGAAGCCCGAACUACAAUGAUGGGACCGAGCGAAUUGAUUCUGUGCAACGACGUUUUCUUCGCUUCGCGCUCCGUAAGCUGCCUUGGAGAUAUUCACUUCGUCUUCCAAGCUACGAGAAUCGCUGCCAAUUGAUCAAUGUUGAGCCCUUACGUAUCCGAAGAGAUGUUUUCAGAGCCUUAACCGUCGCCGAUACUCUGCAGGGAAGAAUCGACUGCGAAGCAAUUCUCCAACAAGUGAACAUUAAUGUUCAACUUCGAUCACUACGUAACAGUCUUAUGCUGAGACUUCCACUUCUUCGAAUUAAUUAUAGCUUAGGGAGCGCUAUUUACGGCUUGCAGAAAUUGUUCAACCGAUUGGCUCGAUAUUCGAUUUCCACUUGACACGGAAUAUGCUUCGCCGAAGAUUCUCUGCCUUUUUUGCUGACCGAAGGCGCUUGACGCCCAACAGCUAAGUGUAAAAUUUAAGACUUAUACAUUUUUAGUUGCUUGAAAAUGCUUUCCUUGUUAUUUUCGUUUGUAACUGUAGUAUAUGUAGUCUGUAUAAUCUGUACUUUUUUUUACAACACAUCAUUGGGACUAUUUCUAGUCUGUUGAUGCAAACAUAACAAAUAAACAAAUAAACCUAGUUCGGUAAGCGUGCCGACCCUGAAGCCAUUGUAGUCAGGGAGUCUCAGAAUUGCUCCUAACUGAGGUGGCUAAUAUUGAGCUUACACAAACUACAACUAACUAAUUUUUUACCAAGAUAGCUGUACUUGCAAAUAUUUCUUAUGUCUCAUUCAUUGUCUGUUCCUGGAAAUUUGACCAAGAUCUCAGAACAUCAUGUUGCAUUUCUACAUUAUUCCAAUCUACAAAUUCUCGAAAAUCUAGCCGACCUUCUAAGAAGUUCCCUGAACUUAUUCAAGUUACCAACGGCCCCAUCAUAUCAUCCAUCACACCAGCCACAGUACAGUCAACAAUUACAGACGCCACUCUGCACGGUCAGUACUUCGGCCAACCACCCGAUCAUCGCACCAGCCAGCAGAGUCAACAUUCUAGCCAACACCUCGUUCAGUCCAUCAGCCAGCGCAGUCAGCAUUCCGGCCAUUAACCCAGUCGAUAUCACACCCGGUCAGCACAUUCACCAGGGUAAGCAGCCACGGAACCGAAGUCCACGAUAAACCGCCAGCAUUAGCAACCUCAGGAAUAGGCACACAGCUCCGAGUAAAUAGCAACAGGAAAUAAAGCAUAGGCAGUUUAACAGGUAGAACCAUUUUUAUAAUACCAAAAUUGAAUAAUCGACGAAAAAUUGACGUAUCAGCUUUUGUAAACAAUGCAUUUGAUCGUCGAUUUGGCGUAACUGGUAGCUCGCCCACGCAAGCUAACACUACCAUCAGAUAAUGGAAA